CUGCCGGCACCAGCGUGCUCUGAGCAGGGGCUGGACCAGACUCUCAAGCCUGCAGUGCUUUGGGGACUUGAGCUCCUGAGGACCCAGCCUGCAGGACCCCUCUGCCUGCCACCUCCUCCAGAAUGGCCAAUUGCAGGGACUUCACGGCCCACACGGGCUACGAGGUGCUGCUGCAGCGGCUGCUGGAUGGCAGGAAGACGUGCAAGGACGUGGAGGAGCUGCUGAGGCAGAGGGCCCAAGCAGAGGAGCGGUAUGGGAAGGACCUGGUGCAGAUCGCCCGGAAGGCAGGCGGCCAGACAGAGAUCAACUCCCUGAGGGCCUCCUUUGACUCUCUGAAGCAGCAAAUGGAGAAUGUGGGCAGCUCCCACAUCCAGCUGGCCCUGGCCCUGCGCGAGGAGUUGCGGAGCCUGGAGGAGUUUCGUGAGAGGCAGAAGGAGCAGAGGAGGAAGUAUGAGGCCAUCAUGGACCGUGUCCAGAAGAGCAAGCUGUUGCUCCACAAGAAGGCCAUGGAGUCCAAGAAGACAUAUGAGCAGAAGUGCCGAGAUGCAGACGACGCCGAGCAGGCCUUCGAGCGCAUUAGCACCAAUGGUCAGCAGAAGCAGGUGGAGAAGAGCCAGAACAAAGCCAAGCAGUGCAAGGACUCAGCCAUGGAGGCAGAGCGAGUAUACAGGCAGAACAUCGAGCAGCUGGAGAAGGUGCGGGGCGAGUGGGAGCAGGAGCACCGGGCCACCUGUGAGGCCUUUCAGCUGCAAGAGUUUGACCGGCUGACCAUCCUCCGCAACGCCCUGUGGGUGCACUGCAACCAGCUCUCCAUGCAGUGCGUCAAGGAUGACGAGCUCUACGAAGAGGUGCGAGUGACGCUAGAAGGCUGCAGCGUGGACGCCGACAUAGACAGCUUCAUCCAGGCCAAGAGCACGGGCACUGAGCCCCCAGCUCCGGUGCCCUACCAGAACUACUAUGAUCGGGAGGUUGGCCCGUUGUCCAGCAGCCCUGCCGUUCAGCCGUCCUGUGGCAUGAUAAAGAGGUUCUCUGGGCUGCUGCAUGGAAGUCCCAAAACAACAUCGUCAGCAGCUUCUGCGGCCUCCACAGAGACCCUGACUCCCACCUCUGAUCGGAAUGAGGGUGUCUAUGCCGCCAUCGCUGUGCAGGAGGCGCCAGGACCCCACACCCUGCCAGCCCAGGAUUACAGGGCACUCUAUGACUACACAGCCCAGAAUUCCGACGAGCUGAACAUCUCUGCGGGGGACAUCCUGGAGGUCAUCCAGGAAGGGGAGGAUGGCUGGUGGACAGUGCAACGGAACGGGCAGCGUGGCUUUGUCCCUGGCUCCUACCUGGAGAAGCUUUAAGAAGGGGCAGUAGCCCCCGCCUGGACCUGUCCUGUCCAUGGGGCCAGCAGUGCCCCCACCCCUGCCCUGGCCUCGCAGGGGCCUCAAGACAGAGCCUGCCCUCAGGAAAGGUACCGGCUGCUCCCGAGCAGUCCUUCCCACAGGGAAUAAAGGAGCGCUCUUUUUCCUCCUUGCA